AUGUCCUCAAGCAUUGUUUGGCCAUUGUUUAGUGUCCCCACAGCCUCGGCAGACAGUCCCGAGCCCCAGCAAACCCAGCAGCACAUAGAAAAAGGCCUGGCUGCCACCUACAUGGCUGCUGAUGCAACUGCCCCACUUCCUGCAACAGCACCACAUGCUCCAGAACCCGAGGAAUCAGCUUCUGAGCCUGAGGAAACCCCUUCCAUCCCAAAACCUUGCGAAAAGCAUGUCCGAAAGCCUUCGCAAUGUGUUCUUGAUAUCAUCGAGGGCUGUGCCAUGUCAUUGAACCUCCCCAGAAGCCCAAAACUCUCUCCAGGUGUGCAGGCACCAACUGAAAUGCCAGAGGAGCGUGUGCUUGAGGGGGAGGGAACGUCAGAUUGGAUGAUGGUGGUGGAUUUCAUGGAUGAAUACGCAUUGGCAGCAGAAAUCAAGGAGUUGUCAGUUCUCAAGGAAGCUGGGACAUGGGAACUCGUCGACACACCUGACAGAGUCAACAUCGUGGGCUCCAAGUGGGUUUUUCGAGUGAAGAAGGAUGCGGCAGGGAACGUCAUUCGCUACAAGGCUCGACUUGUCGCGCAGCGAUUCUCUCAAGUCCUGGGAGUUGACUACUUCAACACGUUUGCACCUGUGGCUCAUUUGGCUUCAAUUUGCGCUGUUCUCACGAUUGCGGCCAUGAAUGAUUUUGAAAUUCAUCAGAUCGACAUAAAGGGAGCAUACCUGAAUGGAGUACUCACCUCUGGCAAGGUCAUCUACAUGCGGCAGCCACCUGGGUAUGCAGUACCCAGAACCUCGAGGACCCAAGUAUGUCGCCUGCAGAAGACCUUGUAUGGCUUGAAGCAGUUGGGCCGACGCUGGUACCAACGUCUUGUGGAGAUUAUGUCAUUGAUCAUCGUGUUGGUUCAUGUUGACAAUUGUAUGAUUGUGGCAACGUCACAGCCACUGAUCGAUGCCUUCAAGAUCGAGACUGCCAAGCACGUUGACAUCAUCAAUCUCAGCAAACUCCACUGGAUUCUCAGCAUCGAAAUUCUUUGUGUUUGCGAACGUCAUGCCAUCUUUCUCUUGCAACACUCGUACCUCGACUCCAUCCUGCGCUGCUAUGGGCUUCAAGACCUCAAGCCUGUGUCCAUUCCCAUGGAUCCCAACGUAUGCCCCACUUCUGCCCAGUCUCCAUCGACCAUGGACAAGUUUGCGCAGAUGCGUGACAUGCCCUACCACAUCACCAUGGGUUCUUUGAUGUACGCAUCACUCGGAACCUGCCCUGACAUCACCUACACCGUCCAAACCGUCUCAUGCUUCUCCACAAAGCCUGGAAUCACACAUUGGGACACUGUCAAGCGAAUCUUUCACUACCUAAAGGGAACAAAGGAGUUGUGGCUGUCAUAUGGAGGACAGCAGAAGGAUCUCGUUGGAUAUGCGGAUGCGGAUGGGAACAUGGCCGAGGAUUGCCAUGCCAUCUCUGGGUACACAUUCUUACUUCACGGAGGCGCCAUUUCGUGGUCUGCUAAAUGA